AAAAGAGGGUAGGGUUCUCUCUCGUCAUAUCGUAUCGUAGUAGAGAAAAAAAGAAGUCGAUUCCGCCGAUCCCCAAAUCAAAAUCCUCCCACGGCCCGAGCUUCGAAUCCCUAGCAGGAGGAGGGAGCUAUGUUGUUGGGGAGACGGAACGUCGAUCGCACCGACGGCGGCGCCGGCGCCGGCAUCGACAACGGCGACACCAGCUACAUCGGCGACGUCAGUGGCGUGUUCGCCCGCCUCCUCCGCAUCUUCAGCCGCCGCGUUAGCGAGCCCCCACGCGUAUGCAAGCCACGCAUCUACGGGACGGGCCCCCUUGAUGACGAGGACGUCAAUCUUGGGUUCGGCGAUGGCACGGAUGUGUUGGAGAUGUGCUCGGAGCUUCUCGCCACAAUUCAGAUCUACUACCAGCAGGUGAAGGUCUUCGACGCCGCCGCCGCCGGCUUCUCUUUCGGUCUCUUGGAUCCCCUCUCCAACAUCAUCGUCAACACCUUCAUCGACAAUGCUGACGUCUUCGAGACAGAGGAAGAUGAUGACCAGGCCACUUCUCUGUGGCAUGGACGACAGACUGAUGGUCAGAUCGAGGACCGGGACAUGAACCAGCGGUCGCUCAACGGCCUCGUCGCCUUCCUGGCCGGCCUCUUCCCCCACCUCAGCGACGUGCAGGCCCUGUGGUACCUCCACAAGGCCAAGGCUGACCCUCUCGUCGCCGCCCGCAUCAUCAUCAAGCACCGCCGGAUGGACCACAGCUUCAGGUUUGGUUCCGAUGCUACCGUGGCAGCCGUCCAAACGGCUCUACGCUGCGCCGCCGCUGCCGCGGACCACCCCAAUCCGAAGCGCUUCCUUACAGGGUGGAGGAUACUUUCACCAAGUCUGAAGAAGCUUGCCGCCGUGCUAUCGCUGCCAGCCCCUGGCGUGACCACCAACUUGUUUGCGUCCAUGGUGUUGCUGCUCGAGGAACCUCACGCACCAGCUUUUGACCUCGGGGGGUCCUGGGAGCUAGCCUCAUCUCGCCUCGUCACUCUCAGUCCAGACCUCGGAGGGGUGGUGUUUCCUGGGCAUACGACCAUGAAGCGUAUGCUUCUCACCACUAUCCAUGGAUACUACCUGCAGGCACUUGCCAGGCUGCCCAGGGACCAACUCUGCUCUCAGCACUUCCUCUACAGCAUGCUGCACUAUGGCCACUGCUUCGGCCCACUUGACCCUGUGUCCAACAUCAUCCUCAAUACUAUCUGGUAUAGCUCAGCCUGCCCGCUUCCCUCGUCCAUACAAAAUUCUAAGAUGGACAUGAUCAGCACCAGUGCCUUGCUGAGGAUUGCAGUCAGGUCCUUCUAUGGCCUCGUCUCCUUCCUGUGCACCCGCUAUGACACCCUCGCGGUUGAUCGAGCUAUGCAUGAUCUGCUCGAGGCUGGGGCUGACCUGCGAAUCGCUGAUCCCAACUUCCAUGGUAACCACGCUGCUGCUGGACGACGCAUUCCAUCUGCCACUGUCCUAGAGGCCUAUGCUGCUGCGGCUACUGCCGCACGCCACCCACAACCUCAAGCGCACAUUGGGCUUCUCCGUCAAUCUUCUCUGAUUACACGGAUGGGCUCCAUUUAUCUCAAGGGCACUGGCCCACUCUCCUGCGAUGUUGUUUGCCGCCUCUCCAGUACUGCACGGCACUUGUCCUCCAGCUACUUCCAAGGUCAACUGCUGCCACUGCCAGAAACCAGGGUGUUGGAUAAGUUGACAUACAACAGGGUUAAUCAAAAGAGAGUAAGCUUCUGGAACCAGCAUGCUAGAGCUGUCACAAUGGUGAAAUCUGCAAUGGAUAUGUACAACAGUCAACCUGGGGUACCCAAAUAUGAACUUCAUGUUAUCUGCGGUGUCAAUGAGUACGUACAUGGCCCUGAGUACAUCACUGGCAACUAUCGGAAAUAUCAUCAUUCCCAUAUCAAUUUCCUCGCCACAUGCAAAGAAAGCCAAUCUGCUGCUGCUCUUCCAGUUCUCUUCUUUGCCCAGUGGAGCAACCAUGGCACCAAAGAGGAGUGUUUCUGCUGCCCUGUUGGGGUGCCACCUCUGAACUCGGAACAAGUCCGUUGUCUUUACUGUGAAUACGAAGGGAGCAGGAUUGUGCAUCCUGCAAACGAGAGUUUCCACGGGCGUGAUAUUGAGUUUGAGAAGAUGUUAUGCGGGGGAGACUAUUCAGGAAACUACACCAACGACGGCAUCAUUGGACAUAGCUGCCCCUUGGCCUUUUGGGUACAUGGUCUGGCAGACGACUCCAUUUACUAUGUUGACCGUAUUGAUGAUGAUGAUGAUGGUAAAGAUGGGGUGCCCCCAGUGGACUUCCAAAGAUUGAUAAGGUUAUCGUAAUAUUAUCACAUAGUACUGCCACCGAGCAGUGUGUUACUUCUACCCCCAGAUUUAGCUAGUAUUCUAAAUACUUGUAUCUGAGCGAGAAGUAUUUGCAAAAUGCUCUGACUAUUUCCCACUAAUGGUCUAAUGUCCUCGCUCUGGUUGGAUUUGGGAAAUAGGAUCUGCUGCUACUUUCGGUGUAUUAUUGUUUCAGUUUAACGUGUGAACAUACAUGAAGCUGUCAAGUCACUACGCCCUUUUCA